AUGGCGGAGCCAGUAAGCUUCAUUCACUUUGGUGCAGCGACUAAAACCUCGCUCUCCAAACCUAAGGAAUCGAAACCAUCGUCGGAGACCCGACCGCAGUCUUCCCGGGACCAUCAUCCUCCACCACCUAAAAAAGUACGGAACGACGAGAAGAGCCUUAAACCCAAGAAACUAAACGGAGAAGGAGGGGGAGGAGGCGGCGCAGUAGAGAAGCAGCACCAGAAGCAGAGUUAUGGCAGCCCAACAACAUGGAGCUUCAGUCCCAUCAAGUCGAGCAACCCCACGGCGCCAAUCCAGCCACCGCUACACAAAGUGUUCAAGCAAAGCGCUUUCCUCGCCUCACCCCCAAAACCUAAAAAACCCAAGGAAAAACGAGAGAAGGAAAAGGAGAAGAAGAAACACAAACUGCCCACUGAAAAUAACGUCAGUAGUGUGAGUAGUUCAGGAAUGAAGAAGGAAAACGGGGAGGUGAAGUUGUUACAGAAAGACCACAUCAAGGACAAGAUGAGAGAGAGGGAGAGGGAAAAAGAGAGGGAAAAGAAGAAAGAAAAGGACAAGGAGAAAGAAAAAGAGAAGGAGAAAGACAAGGAGAAAGAAAGAAAGAAACAUAAACUAAUGAAUGAAAUCAAGAGAGAGAAUGGGGAGGUGAAGCUACUGCAAAAAGGUGACAAAGAGAAGCCGAAGAUCAACUCAGAGGAGUUGCAGAUCAAAAAGGUCAAGAAGAAAAAGAAAAAGAAACACAAAGAGGGUGAGAAGCGCAAGCGGCCCAAGAUGUACAGCAAGUCCAGCCAAACGGUUUGUGCUGGUCUGCUUAGUGCCAGCGACCUGCCCAGCCUGCUCUCCAAACCGGCCGCUGAAUUCAAAUCACCUCUCCCGGUCACCCAGGGCAGCGCCCUUUCUCUGGCUUUACCGGUCGCCACCAUCAAACAGGAGAACUGCAGCCCCAAGUCUGAUCCGGCUAGUUCUGCGACCAAAGCUGGCCAGGCCCGCCCCAAGCUGCCUGGCCUGGACGGGCUGGAGUUCGGCCGCUUUGUCCACGUGGAGCAGCAGCCCAACGGUGGUGCUCUGGUGGUUCACGCCUACAGCCGAGAGCUCUCUGUCCUGUCUCCCGUGGAGAUGCAGAGGUUUGCCCAGGAGUUUGUGACGCUGGCCUUCAGCGAGGACUCGUGCGGGGCGGCACAUUACGUCAUGGGCAUCAUCCAUGGCGCUGCCUCCUACCUCCCUGAUUUCCUCGAGUACUUCUCUGUCAAGUUCCCCAGUUCGCCCGUCAAAAUGGAGAUCUUGGGGAAGAAGGACAUUGAGACGACUACAAUGGCAAACUUCAAUGCUCAGGUAAAGAGAACCUAUUCCCAUGGGACGUACAGGGCCGGCGCCAUGAGGCAGAUCAGUCUGGUGGGGGCCGUGGACGAGGAGGUGGGCGAUUAUUUCCCAGAGUUCCUCAGCAUGCUGCAGGAGUCACCCUUUCUGGAGCGGACACUGCCGUGGGGGACCUUCUCCAGUCUGAAGCUGAAGAGCCCCACAGAGAGUGAUGACGGCCCCAUCAUGUGGGUGCGACCAGGAGAGCAGAUGAUCCCUGUUGCUGACAUGCCAAAGUCUCCCUUCAAAAGGAAAAGGUCAACCAAUGAAAUAAAGAAUCUGCAGUACCUACCUCGGACGAGUGAGCCGCGCGAGAUGUUGUUUGAGGACCGGACACGGGCCCACGCUGACCACAUAGGACAGGGCUUUGAGAGGCAGACCACUGCUGCCGUCGGAGUGCUCAAGGCCGUCUGCUGCGGAGAGAAUGCGGAGCCUCCUCGCAUUACCAAAGAUGUGGUCUGCUUUCACGCCGGGGACUUUCCUGACGUGGUACAGAGACUUCAGCUGGACCUGCAUGAGCCACCCCUGUCCCAGUGUGUGCAGUGGGUGGACGAUGCCAAGCUGAACCAACUGCGGCGGGAGGGCAUCCGUUACGCCCGCAUCCAGCUCUAUGACAACGACAUCUACUACAUCCCCCGCAACGUGGUACACCAGUUCAAGACCGUCUCGGCUGUCUGCAGCCUGGCCUGGCACGUCCGUUUGAAACAGUACCACCCAGAGGCAGCGGAAGAGCAAGAGGAGGAAGAGGAGGAGAGGAAGGCUCUGAAUUCGGCUCCACACUCACCACAAGUGAAACAGGAGAUCUCCAGCGAGCCCCUCAAAGUCCCUGCCCCACCCACCAAUUUGGACUCCAAACCCCCCAGAGACACCCCAUACGUUCCUCAUAUCAAAGUGGAGCCUGCAGACUCCCACCCAGAGCGACCGACUAAACCCCCCAGCCCGGCGUUUUCCCCGCCUCCACCGCCCGCUACUUCUUCCGACAGCCGACCCAAAGCGCACCAUCCCUCAGAGUGUCAAACCGCACCGACGUCUUCACUCACAUCCACUUCCACUCCAACCCCCACCCUUACUCUCACGCCACCCAAAUCUUCCACUGGACACUCAGACAGCCGGACUGCACCCCCCCAGCCCCGGCCCGACAAACCCAAGGACUCGGUUUACCCAAAGCCCCCAGUCACGCCCCAGGAUACACGGCCACAGCACUCCCUCAAACAGCACCUGCAUGAGCAGCCAAAAGACUUUUUAUACUGA